AUAUGAUUUGCAAUUUAAGCGGAUUUAGACGGGCUAGACAGAUGCUAGGCGGUUUAGGUGGGCACCUUAGCAUGUUUAGGCUGCCUAACGCCUAGGCACAGUUUAGACAGAGCUUUUUAGAACAAUGAAUGAAAUCAUUGAAGCUGAAAAAAAAACCCCGGCCCUCCAACCCAGGCCCAACAGAACCCGCUAAAAGGAACAUUUCACAUUCCAAACCUUAGUGGCUCAUCGGUGAGAAAGCAGAUUUCCCGCCACAAAAUCGCUCAAGAAAAAGGGGAUUAGGGUUUCAGAUUGAAGGCAAAAUCCCCAAAUUCCCUCCAUCAUGUCACAACCAGUUGUAGAUCUCUCUCAAUUCGACAUAUCCAAAGAGGAAAAGGACAAGCUUGUAGCGGAAGUAAUCCGAUACGUGCUGUUCAAGACGCACCACAGCUCGGGGUGUCCGAUAAAGAGGGAAGAGCUCACCCAGCUGCUCACCAAGAACUACCGCCAGCGCAAUCUUCCUACUUUCAUCAUCAACGAGGCCGUACAGAAGUUGUCCUCCAUUUUCGGGUACGAAAUGCGGGAGCUUCAGAGGUCUCGUCCUUCUUCCGCUAAUCAGGGACGCAUUUCGCAACAGAGUGCUGCGGAGGCAAAAUCCUAUAUCAUCACGAGUAAGCUACCUUCUGAUGUGUAUAAGAAGUAUGUCUUGAACGACAAUGAUAGUACGGUUCCUCUCAAUGGUUUCACUUUUGUCGUACUGAGUCUUGUACAUAUUUCCGGCGGUAAAAUGACUGAAGAGGAUCUUUGGCGUAAUUUGAGACGAAUGGGAUUGGACGAAAGCAAUGAAAACCAUCCAGUCCUAGGAAACAUAAAGCAAGCACUGGACACACUUGUCCAGCAAAGAUAUUUGCAGAAAGACAAAGUAAGUGGACCUGAAGGCAAUACUUUGUUUUAUGAGCUUGCGGAGAGAGCUUUAGAUGCACCAAUUAGUGAGAGCACAAAAGCACACAUAUCAGAGAUUGUGAACAAAGAGGUUGUCUCCGUGGAUGUCGACGACUAGCGGCGGGCUGCCAACUUGGAUAUGACUAUCAAAGUUUUAGUUUGAUGGUUCCAUCUUGCCGCCAUAUGACUUUUCUCUAGUUUUAAGGAAGCUUAUAAUGCCAAUAGAUGUAUUCCAUUUUUGGGUCUUGUAUGAACUGACAAAUGAUAAUGAUAUGUUUAGAUUUCAUUAUGUUAAA